AUGGGCACAUUUGUAGGACACAUAGUCCCUGGCCUGGCCUUCACCUUCCUUGGUCUAUGGCACAUCAUCAACACCAUCCGAGCCUUCAAAUUAAGGGGCCUCAUCAGCUUCACAUCAAGGCCUUGGUACCCCUUCACCACCUCCUCCUUCACCAUCAAGCACUUGGAACUCCUCACCAUUCUCUCCUUCUCCAUCCUUGCCAUGGCCAUGCAACUCCUGGACCACCCUCUCUUCCACCCAUCUUUCAAGCUCAUCGACCUCGAGCAUGCGACCAUGUUCCUGCACCUGGCUAUCUAUGCCAGCGUUGCUCUGGCCGUCGAUCUGGUCCAGUGGCCGCCUGACACCUUCUCAGGUCUGGUCGGGGUCCUCGCGUGCUCUGUUUUCGGCCAGGAACUCUUGUUGUUGCACUUCCACUCAGCUGACCACGUGGGGCUUGAAGGUCAUUACCAUUGGCUCCUGCAGCUUGUAGUGUGUGUAUCCCUCCUAUCAGCUGUGGCCACGACAGUGUGUCCAAGCAGCUUCCCAGCUGCACUAGUCCGAUCGGCGUCCAUCUUGUUACAAGGGUGUUGGUUUAUCAACAUGGGGUUUGUGUUGUGGGUCCCUAGCCUUGUCCCAAAGGGUUGCUCUGUGAGGUUCUUGGAAGAUGAUGACAUGCAUGGGGCCGUCACAUGUGGGACCCAUGAAGCGACCCAGAGGGCCAUGGCGCUAGCCAACUUGCAGUUCAGUUGGAUGCUUGCUGGAAUCAUGAUUCUCGCGGCGUUUCUUUGUCUGACGCCGGACCGGAGAUGUGCUGAUAGGAGCGUGUCAACGGAGUAUGAGAAACUUCGUGAUGGUAGAAUCCGGGAUGUGGGUCUGAUGGUGAUUGACGAUGCGGAUGGACUCAAGCAAACCAGUCUUACUGUACUUUAG